AAAAUAUGUCAUACGACACUGCGCUUACAGUUUUUUCUCCAGAUGGUUAGCUAUUUCAAGUAGAAUAUGCAAUGGAAGCAGUGAAAAGAGGGUUGUGUUGUGUUGGAGUCAGAGGAAAGGACAUCAUUGUACUAGGGGUAGAAAAAAAGGCAACAUCAAAGCUCUAAAAUGUUAAGACAAUCAAGAAAGUGUAUUAGUUAGGUAGCCAUAUAUUCAAACGAUAGAUAACAAUUUAUGCAUGACAUUUUCUGGAUUAAAUGCUGAUGCAAGAAUAUUGGCAAAUCAAACACGAUUAUAAUGCUAAUAGUAUAAAAUUUAUUAUGAGGAUGAUCCUUCAGUUGAUUUCAUUGCUAAAUUCACUAGCUAGCAACAAUAGAAAUUCACUUAAAGAGGGGGAGCCAGACCUUAUGGUAUUUCAACUUUAAUUGCCGGAUUUGAUAAUUAAAAUAAGCCAAAGUUAUUUUAGACAGAUCCUUCUGGGGCUUGUUCUGAAUGGAAGGCUACAUCUCUUGGGAAGAGUGCAAAAUAAGUGAAGGAUUUCUUAGAAAAGCACUGGAGAGAAGGCUUGCACGAGAAGGAUGCACUUCUACUAACAACGAAGGUAUGGGAUUGAGUUAUAUGUCAAGGCUUUGAUGGAUGUAGUGGAAAGUGGGAAUAAAAACAUUGAGUUGUGUGUAAUUAAGAAGAACAGUUGUUGGUUUUUGAGUGAGACUGAAGUAGAGGAGUUGACAAAAAUAACCGCCUAGAUCUAAUGA